GCUCCUCCUCACAUGCGAUCCCGCGCCUGUAUAUAUGUUUUCUCCCUCCUUUCCCCGACCCUCUUAUUUUCAGAGUCUCUCUCUCUCUCUCUCUCUAGUCAUGGCUACAGACCCUCGGCUGAGGGUUCCCUACCCCCUGGAAGCCUCGGCUUACCGCAUCGUCCACGAGAUCGGCCAAGGCCUGAGCUCAGUGGUGUACCUAGCCGAGUGCCUCCCCCUCGGCAGCACCGUGGCCAUCAAGGCACUGGACCUUGACCGAGCCCCUACUCAUCGCCUUGAUGACAUCAGGUGCGAAGCCCAGACCAUGACUCUCCUCUCCCACCCCAAUGUCCUCACCGCCCACUGCUCCUUCACCGUAGACCACUCUCUCUGGGUCGUCAUGCCAUUCUGCUCUGCCGGCUCGCUGCACAGCAUCCUCUCUGCAUCUUUUCCCUCAGGCUUCGAUGAGACUGUCAUAGCCAUCGUUCUCAGAGACACUGUGCGUGCUCUCAACUAUCUCCACCAGCAGGGCCACGUUCACAGAGACAUCAAGGCCGGGAACAUAUUGCUGGACUCAAUGGGCCUCAUCAAGGUUGCGGACUUUGGGGUCUCGGCCUCUCUCUUCGACCCUUCCUCUUUGACGAAGCUACAGGAAAUGGCUGGGACUCCUUACUGGAUGGCGCCUGAGGUCAUAGACUCGGCUGCAAGGGGCGGACCUGGCUAUGACUACAAGGCCGAUGUGUGGUCACUAGGCAUAACUGCUCUCGAGCUUGCGCAUGGCAAGUUGCCAAGGUCUGAUGUGCCUCUCGGUAAGGCCAUCGUUCUCAGUGCUACAAAGCCGUUCCCAGCCUCAUCGAGAAAGAAGUUCUCGAAGGCGUUUAGAGAGAUGGUAGGUCUGUGUUUGACACACGAUCCGGUGAAGAGGCCAUCUGCUUCGAAGCUUUUGAAGCAUUCCUUCUUUAAGCACUGUAAGUCGUCAGAGUAUUUGGUGAAGCAUGUUUUGAACGAUUUGCCGAGUGUGGAGGUGAGGUUCAAGGCAAUGGCAGAGGCAGGACGCAUCCCUAAGCAAAUGGUCGACGACGAGGAGGACGAAGCUCAUGAGUUGCAGAAGACGAGGAGGAUCAGUGGGUGGAAUUUUGAUGAGGAUUGUUUCCGUUUUGUUCCUGUGUUUCCCUUUCAAGAAGAGCAAGGGGCCAAAAAUCAAGAAAAUGAUGAAAGAGGGGCGCAGAAAGAGCAAGAUCAGGAAAUCAAUGCAACAGGGGCACAAAAAGAGCAAGAUCAGGCCAAGAAUCAUGAAAUUGAUGAAACAGGGGCACAGAAAGAGCAAGAUCAGGCCAAUAAUCAAGAAAUUGAGGCUGAAGAAGAGAGUGAGGAGGCCAAGAACCAAGAAAUCCGAGCAGGGGGCGUGAAUAAAGAGAGAGAAAGUGGGGAUCAGGAGGAGAGAGAGGGAGAGACAAAUCAAGAAGGGGGGGAGGCCAAGACAGUGGUUAGUGGAGGGAGAAUGGCUGCGAUGAUUCCUGAGUUAGAGAGGAUUUUGGAGCACUCAGAAGCUCAGCGUCAGGGUUUGGUCAGAUUGGUGGAUAUGUUCGUGGACGGAAGGAGAGAGGUUGAGCUCUUGGAUUUGCUCGGGAGCCUGCAAUUGGAGCACGAUCGAUUAACCAGUGAGCUGGAGAUCCUCACGAAGAGGAACGAGGAGCUUCAGCGUCAAUGGGAGGAAGCAACAGGUGUAGGGCGAAUUGAACAACCAGACAUGGAAGGUGCCAACCCUGAGCUUCAAGAACCCUAGCUACUCUCUCUUUCUCUCUCUCUCUCUCUCUCUAGAACCAGUUCAGGUUUUCCCUCUAUACAAUCCAUUCGACCCUUAGGUUUUUGUUACUUUCUAAAACCGACUUGACACUUAGGUUUUUUCUCUCUCUAAAUUUCGAUUCUCCAUUUGGAUCCUAGCUUUUUCUACUGUGUGCAAGGCAGUUCGACUGCAACUCUUUGUUUGAUAUGAAAAAGGAAAUUUUUUUA